CUUCGUCUUCCGCGGCAGAAAAACUCGAAAACUCCCGCACGAAACCCUCCCCAAAUCCUCAAACCACACCGCCCUCCUCACCCCCAACCGCCCCGCCUCGACCAUGUCGCUGCUCGACGACCUCGACGACGAGGCCUUCCUCCUCGCCGCCGAGGCAGCGGAGGCCGCGGCGAACGCGUCCUCCAAGCGCCCCCGCCUCUCCACCUCCCCGUCGCCGACCCCCGCCGCCUCCGAGGGGUCCUACCUGUCCGCGCUCAAGGGCAGCCACAGCGCCGCCUGGAAGCAGCAGCAGGAAACCCUAACCCUCGCCCACAAGCGGCCCGGCGGCUCCAAGGUCCCAGGCGUCUCCCCUGGCGGCGGCGUACAGAUCACCAAGGGCGCGUGCUUCAAGUGCGGGGACACCAGCCACUGGGCGAGAGAGUGCCCCCAAUCCUUGCAGGCAAGUGUCGGCGGCGUAGGAGGCGGAAUCGGCGGCGGUGGGGGCGGCGUAGGAGGCGGAAUCGGCGGCGGUGGUGGCGGCUAUGUGGAUGCGGGCGGGGAGGUGGAGGAGAAGGCGUGCCCCUGCGGCGCUGGGAUCUGCCUUGUGCUCACCUCCAGCACGCCCAGAAACCCCGGCCGCAAGUUCUACAGGUGUCCCACGCGGGACAAUGGAGGUUGCAACUUCUUUGAGUGGUGUGAUGCUCCAUCUCCAGGCGCUGCUAAUGCUCGCAGCAGCACAAGCUUUCAGUCAGAUGCAUCAAUUGUGAAUAUGCCUUGUUCUUGUGGUGCUGGAACAUGCUUAAUUCUCACGACAAAGGCGGGAGUUAAUGUUGGGAGGCAGUUUUAUCGGUGCCCAGCUCAGGGAGGUAGCUCUUGUGGCUUUUUCAAAUGGUGUGACGAUCAGCAGCAGCCUAGGACAGCUGCUCCACUGCAAGGUGGUUCAUCACCAUAUCAAGCUGGCGCUACCCCCACCAACCAAAGCAUGAGCAAGAGCUCUUCGGGCUGCUUCAAAUGCGGGCAAGAGAACCACUGGGCGAAGGACUGCCCGAAUCAAUCUUCGGAUCCUUACUCUGACAAAGGCGGUAGGACAUUAAGUUCAGCAACCUCAUCUGAUGGGUGUUUCAAGUGUGGUAAGGCUGGUCACUGGUCCCGCGAUUGCCCUGUUGCAAACAGUGGUGGUGGUGGUGGUGGUGCCGUCGCCAGCAAUGUCAAGUCGUCUUCUACUUUGGGCUCAUGGAACAGCAGGAGAUACUGAUAGCAGGUGCCCCUGUGAACUCGAUUGAACUGACGCGGACAUGCUGUACGAAACUUGGACAAGUGACCUUUGCCACUUGUUGCUUAGGUACGCUCUCUCGCCGAUGCCACUUGCAGACCUGCCACUAUUUAGUUCCAGCAGACGGGAUUUGCUUUUGAUAUCUUGUGUCUAUCCUGGUUGCUGUGUGACUGUCGAACCUGUACUAUCUGCUUUAGGCAUUUCCACUUUUGUGAACAAGAGAAAGCCAUUAUGCCAUGUUCAUCAGCAUGCCUUGCACUUGCAGUUCAAUAUCAACUCCAUGUUCAUGUUA